AUGUCACCCAUCUCGCAAAAAAACUUUCACACGGCAAACCCCGAGGAAGCUACAGCUAUAGAUCGCUCGAUACCUGAAUUCGCUGCAGCCCAAGUUUCAGAUGAAGAUGACUAUUUUGCAAACCAUAAACCACCAUCGUACUUACCUGAGAUCAAACAGGAGCUAGAAGAAUUUGUAAGCUAUCAUAAGGAAACCACAGGUAAGAGAAUCGCGCUAGUUACAUCUGGAGGAACCACAGUACCAUUAGAAAACAAUACAGUUCGAUUUAUUGAUAAUUUCAGUGCUGGAACCAGAGGUGCAACAUCGGCAGAGUAUUUCUUGGAAAACGGAUAUGCCGUCAUUUUCUUGCAUCGCGAGUUUUCCUUGUUGCCAUAUUCAAGACACUACAGUCACUCAACAAAUUGCUUUCUUGACUAUAUGACUGAAUCAAACGGCAAGAUUGAGAUAGAUCCAAAAUUCAGCGAUGCCAUGUUGCAAGUUUAUCGCAAAUACAAACAGGCUCAAGACUCACUGUCUUUGCUACUCAUUCCCUACACAACGGUAAACCAGUAUUUGUACACUUUGAAAUUGAUUUCAGAGGAGCUAAAAGUUUACGGUAGCAAAGCAGUAUUUUAUCUCGCUGCUGCUGUAUCGGAUUUCUUUAUACCUGAAUCGAGAAUGCCUCAGCAUAAAAUACAAAGCUCGGCAACUCAAAACGGUGAAUUACUGAUACAUUUGGCUCAGGUGCCUAAAUUUCUAAGUCGCCUUGUUGAUAAUUGGUCUUCAGGUGCAAUGAUUAUAAGUUUUAAAUUGGAAACCGAUAACAAUCUUUUGCUUAAAAAGGCCAGAAGUGCAUUGGAGAGGUAUCAUCACCAAUUGGUCAUUGGCAAUUUGCUACAAACAAGGAAAAAAGAAGUGGUAUUUGUUAGCUCUGAUAAAGAGGACCAUUGGAUAAGACUCACUGAUGAGGAAUUGAAAAAUGGUAAAAUGAUUGAAAGCGAAAUGAUUCCCGCUGUAAUCAAGUUGCAUGAUGAAUGGAUAAAGAAGGCGAAAAUUUGA